AUGAUGCAAACGAGGGUGCUGGAUCAUAGAAACAAGCAUGUGCCAUUGGCAAUGGCCACUGACGACGCCUUCGAGGCUGACUUCUACAGCAGCAGCAGCACUACGACCAACACAGACGAUGGCCCUGCCUCUGACUGGAAUCACUGGGGGUCUCCUCUUGUUGAUUGGAACUCAUUAUCCAGUGAGCGAGAUGAGUUUCAAGACCUCAUUGAGUCGAUGAUGGAUGAUGGGACCGGGUUUGAGUUGGCUCGAGUAGGCCAUGAAACCAGUAACUCAGUCUCAACUGAUACCAUGGUUGCGGAUGAAGAAACCCAGGGUGAGGAUUCCAAAGGGGUGAGGUUGGUUCAUCUGCUGAUGGCCGCUGCUGAGGCGCUAGCGGGGGCUAACAAGAGCCGUGAAUUGGCUCUGGUGAUAUUGGUUCGGCUCAAGGAGUUGGUUUCCCCCAAUGACGGAACCAACAUGGAAAGGGUAUCGGCCUAUUUCACCGAGGCCUUACAAGGUUUACUGGAUGGCUCCGGCCGCAACCAUGGGAAGUAUUUAAUAAACAAUCGAUCGUACAACCACUGCGAUGACCACCAUCACACUGAGAUGCUCACAGCUUUUCAGCUGCUGCAAGACAUGUCCCCGUAUGUCAAAUUUGGUCACUUUACGGCUAAUCAAGCUAUCCUGGAAGCUGUUUCCCAUGAUAGGAGGAUCCACAUAGUGGACUAUGAUGUCAUGGAAGGGAUCCAGUGGGCGUCUUUGAUGCAAGCCUUGGUGUCCAGGAAAGACGGACCACCAACCCCACAUCUUAGGAUCACGGCUUUAUCGAGAUCGGGCAGCGGACGGCGAUCAAUCGGGACCAUUCAAGAAACAGGUCGAAGAUUAUUAGCCUUUGCAGCCUCAAUUGGGCAGCCCUUUUCAUUUCAUCAAUGUAGACUGGACUCUGAUGAAACGUUUCGACCAGCAGGCUUGAAGUUAGUUAGAGGAGAGGCGUUGAUAAUGAAUUGUAUGUUGCACUUGCCUCACUUCAGCUACCGAGCACCUCACUCGGUCGCUUCGUUUUUAUCCGCUGCCAAGACCUUGAACCCUCGAUUAGUGACCCUGGUGGAAGAAGAAAUCGGACCCAUUGGAGAUGGAGGGUUCGUGGGACGGUUCAUGGACUCGUUGCACCAUUACUCGGCCGUGUAUGACUCUCUCGAAGCAGGAUUCCCUAUGCAAAACUGUGCUCGAGCCUUAGUCGAAAGAGUAUUUCUAGGGCCACGAAUAGCCGGAUCAUUGGCAAGGAUUUACCGAAGCGGAGGAGAGGAAGAAGGCUGUGGUUGGUCAAAAUGGUUAGCAACAAUGGGAUUCAAGGGUGUUAACAUCAGCUUUGCCAAUCAUUGUCAAGCAAAAUUACUGCUAGGCUUAUUCAAUGACGGAUACAGGGUGGAGGAAUUGGACAAUAACAGGCUUGUCUUAGGUUGGAAAUCCAGACGUCUGCUAUCAGCUUCCAUUUGGACAUCUCCGGACAAUGAUUUGUAA